AUGCCGCGCGGCUUCCUCGUCAAGCGCAGCCGGCGCCCCGGCGGUUCCUACCGGGGCGACGAGGAGGAGGGCGCCGCCGCCGCCGCCGCCUGCCCCGCGUCCCCCGCGGCGACGUGGAGCCCCGGCGGCGGGGGCCCGCUGCGAGCCCCGGCGGAGGGAGCGGGCGCCUGGGGGGCGGCGGGGCCGUGCAGCGCGGCGGGGCCGCGGGCGGCGUUCUUCGAGCGGUGCCUCAGCUCCCCGGCGUCCGCCGAGUCCUUCCCGCUGGCCGCCUCCUUCCCGCCGGCCGAGAAGCUGCUGCUGCAGCCCCGCACGCCGCUGCCCGCCCCGCCGCCGCCCGCCCCGCAGCCGCCGCCGCCGGGCCCGGCGCUGAAGCGGCCGUCGAGGGCCAAGGCGCCCGGCAAGAAGGCGAAGGCCACGCGGAAGCUGAGCUUCGCCGACGAGGUGACCACCUCGCCCGUGCUGGGGCUGCGCAUCAAGGAGGAGGGCCCCGAGGGGCGGCCGGGGCCGGGGCCGCCGCCGUCGGGGGGGCGCACGCCGCUGGGCGAGUUCAUCUGCCAGCUGUGCAAGGAGCACUACGCCGACCCGCUGGCGCUGGCCCAGCACCGCUGCUCCCGCAUCGUGCGCGUCGAGUACCGCUGCCCCGAGUGCCACAAGAUCUUCAGCUGCCCCGCCAACCUGGCCUCGCACCGCCGCUGGCACAAGCCGCGGCCCGGCCCCAGCGCCGACGGCUCUGCCGCCGCCGCCGCCGCCCCGCCGGGCAAGGAGAACAGCCCCGAGCGGCGGCCCCGCGGCCCCUCCGCCGCUCUCCCGCCGCCUCCGCCGCCGCUUCCCCGUCAGCACCGCGGCGGCGCGGACAGCGCCGGCGGAGCCCCGGCCUCUGCCCCCGGCGCCCCCGGCCCCGGCCCCGGCCCCGUCGGGGAGGCGUUCGCCUGCCCCUGCUGCCAGAAGCGCUUCCGACGGCAGGCCUACCUCCGCAAGCACCUGGGCACCCACGGCGCGGCGCGGCCAGCCGCCUUCGGGCCGCCGGAGCGCGGGCAGCUCGCCUUCGCCUGCCACCUCUGCGGCGCCCGCUUCCCCUCGGCGGACAUCAGGGACAAGCACCGGCUGUGGCACGCCGUGCGGGAGGAGCUGCUGCUGCCGCCGCCGCCGCCGCCUCCAGCCGCCGGGCAGCCCGAGGGCGGCGGGGCGGCGGCGGCGGGGGGCGGCGAGCGGCAGGGCUUCCCCUGCAAGCACUGCCCCGCCACCUUCUUCAGCGCGCCGGGGCUGGCGCGGCACGCCACCAAGUGCCACCCGCCCGAGGGCAGGCAGGUCCUGCUGCUCCAGGUGCCCGUCCGGCCGGGCUGCUAG